AUGUCUGCAAGUACCACAGCAAAGUACGUGGAGGAAAAAGACCGUAGUCGUCCACAACAAGAACAUCUUUGUCUGCAGCCUUAUGUUGUGUUGUGCAGAGCAGACAUCAGUAAAGCUACUCGUCCGAAGCGGCAGAAGCCAGAGCGCACUCGCAUUAAAGAGGAAGAUGUGGGCAAAGAGGUCCAUCACUUCAAUGAACAAAUGGAGCAGAAGUUUCUUUGCACCAUAAAAGAGGAAGAGCCGGAGCGGCCUUGUAGUAAAGAGGAGGCUGAGGAGUCCUGGGACAUUAAAAAGGAGGAGGAGGAGGAGGAUACCGGCAAGAUACCAUUGACUGGUGUUCCUGUGAAGGGUUUAGAUGAGGGUCAACAGGAGGUGAGCAAAGGGGCGGUGCCUCCAAGCUGCAGCUCAAGUCAAACAAUGACCAGAGAAAGUGAUGGAGACCACUGUGGAGGAUCACAAGUAGCUCCACCAUUAGAUAGAUUAGAUGUGUCGUCACAUGUUCCUCUUGCUGCUGCUGGUGAUGAUGAGUCUCAAAACAAACACAGGCAAUGUUCUCAGUGUGGGAAGUGUUUUGCUAAUAACAGUGUUUUGAAACAACACUUGAAAAUGCACACAAGAAAGAAAAACUUUUCCUGCUCAGUUUGUGGCAAAACAUUCGGUCAGAGGGGACAUUUAAAUGCGCACACAAGAGUCCAUACUGGUGAGAAACCUUUUUCAUGCUCAGUUUGUGGCCAAAAAUUCUCUUAUAAGAACGUCUUAAAAACGCACACAAGAAUCCACACUGGCGAGAAACCUUUUUCAUGCUCAGUUUGUAGCCAAAGAUUUUCAGUGAAGGCAAGUCUAACAAUUCAUACAAGAACCCAUACUGGCGAGAAACCAUUUUCAUGCUCGAUUUGUAACCAAAGAUUCUCAUUUAAGGGAGGUCUAACACUUCAUGCAAGAAUCCAUACUGGUGAAAAAAAUUUUUCAUGCUCAGUUUGUGGCCAAACAUUCAGACAGAGUGGACAUUUACAAAUGCACUCAAGAAUCCACACUGGUGAGAAACCUUUUUCAUGCCCAAUUUGUGGCCAACAUUUCAGACAGAUAGGAAAUUUGAAAAGGCACACAAGAGCCCACGCUGGCGAGAAACCAUUUCCAUGCUUGAUUUGUAACCAAAAAUUCACAGUGAAGGGAGCUCUAACACUUCAUACAAGAAUCCACACUGUUUGUGGCCAAAAAUUCAGACAGAGGGUAAGCUUAAUCAAGCACACAGUAGCCCACACCUAA